ACUUGCAAGCAGCCAGGGACUGCUGAAAAUAGCACUUCGUUUUCUUUCCUUGUUUUCAAAACUAUUUUCUUUCUUCACCAGAUUUUGUUUUCCUCCCCCCCCCCCCCCCCGCAGUUGUUUUCCAUUAGUAACUCGAUCUCUGAGACCAGUGAGAUUCGCCGUCUCCGCUUGCCUCCCCUCCACCCCUGGCUGCUUGUUUUCUGCACAUCUCCUUUAGGGAGCCACUGGAGCUCCCCCACCACCACCCACUUUUCUUCGCUGUCUUUUUUUCCAGUCUUUUCCUCCCAAGUAGAUUCUUUUCCACUCUGUCUGUAGCUUUCUACGUCUCUCUGGCCCUCCGUCCCCUCUGCGCUCCACCAACGCGCGUCCCUCUGCGCUCUCCUCUGCUCUUUCACUCGGAUGAUCUAAGAGCCCCGGGCGUGUGUUUAUGGAAAUAGUAGGGUGCCGAGCAGAAGACAACUCGUGUCCUUUCCGCCCCCCAGCCAUGCUCUUCCACGGGAUCUCCGGAGGCCACAUUCAAGGCAUCAUGGAGGAGAUGGAGCGCAGAUCCAAGACCGAGGCCCGUCUGGCCAAAGGCGCUCAGCUCAACGGCCGCGACGCGGGCAUGCCCCCGCUGAGUCCGGAGAAGCCGGCUCUGUGCGCUGGCUGCGGGGGCAAGAUCUCGGACAGGUACUACCUGCUGGCUGUGGACAAACAGUGGCACCUAAGGUGCCUGAAAUGCUGUGAAUGUAAACUGGCCCUGGAGUCGGAGCUCACCUGCUUCGCCAAGGACGGUAGCAUUUACUGCAAGGAGGAUUACUACAGAAGGUUCUCUGUGCAGAGAUGUGCCCGCUGCCACCUUGGCAUUUCGGCCUCAGAGAUGGUUAUGCGUGCCCGAGACUCUGUGUAUCACCUGAGCUGCUUCACUUGCUCCACCUGCAACAAGACUUUGACCACAGGCGACCAUUUCGGCAUGAAGGACAGCCUGGUGUACUGCCGCGCCCACUUCGAGACCCUCUUGCAAGGAGAGUAUCCGCCGCAGCUGAGCUACACGGAGCUGGCGGCCAAGAGCGGAGGGUUGGCCUUGCCUUACUUCAAUGGCACUGGCACUGUGCAGAAGGGGCGGCCACGGAAGCGGAAGAGCCCAGCGCUGGGAGUGGACAUCGUCAAUUACAAUUCAGGUUGUAAUGAAAAUGAUGCUGACCACUUGGACCGGGACCAGCAACCUUAUCCACCCUCACAGAAGACCAAGCGCAUGAGAACUUCCUUCAAGCACCACCAGCUUCGGACCAUGAAAUCCUACUUCGCCAUCAACCACAAUCCAGAUGCCAAGGACCUCAAGCAGCUUGCUCAGAAAACAGGCCUGACCAAACGAGUUUUGCAGGGAGAACAAAUCUUGGGGCAUUACAGCCAAACAUCCCGACGUUUGAAAAUUCCCUAAAGUAUUAAAAGAAGGGGAAAAGUUUGAUCGGAAAUCCACUGCAGUGAAGACAAAGACACUAUUAGGUUAUGAUAAUCAUACAUUUAAAAGUUUAUUGAGCCAAAAGAGAGAGAGAGUGAGACUUAAAUGUCAUUUAUUGAAUAUCAACAAAACCUCUGUUCUUUAUGAUGUCUGACAAAAAUGAAGGCUUCAAAUUAUGUGGUUAAAAAAAAGAAUUAGAUAAACCACAUAUAAACCAGAGCAACCUGGUAAUAAUAUACCCUCCCCAUAUUUGGAGAAAUUAUUAUUGAAAAAAUUCCCACACAAUUGUCAAGCAUAAUAGUUGUAAAGUCAAGUCCAAAAACGUUCAUUUCACCUGCUUGCUAAUGAGUAUUAGUCCUAUUUGUUGAUGACAUUUUCCAAUUGUAAAUUCAAAGACAAGCUUUCACUCAUUUGAGAGUGUAGGGAUCAAAAUUCAGUAAUUUUAGUAUUAUUGUUUAUUGCUUCCUUUUUAAAAAGAAGUCUCUGCAUGCACUUUUCCAUCUGUCACCUCUAGUGUACAUCUCUGUAAUGAUGACUUAUCUUUGCUGUUUCUUGUAUGAUAAAUAGCUUCACUAAUAAACAUUUUAUUUGAUGCAAACAUAGUUAACUUCAUGUUAAACACACAUUGUUGAAAUUAAUUUUUGAACAGUGUCUUAAAGAGGCAGCACAGUAUGUCUACAACUUGUUAUGCCUAGGGAAAAAAAU